UUUCAAAACAGCUUCCAAACAGGUGGAAACGUCAAAUGUUCAUUAUUAUGAAGUCUGCUGUCUUAUAUAACCAGAUGAGAUUUAUGAUUACCGUUGAAAUCAGAUGAAUAUCAAUUACAAAUUUACCAAGCAUUUUCCCAGUUUAAAAGUGUUUAUCGGAUGGAUUGUAAUUUUUUUUGCCGUAUCAGCGGAAGAUAUAUUAAAAAGCGGAGCCAAAUCCAUAGCCAGCCAUCCACGAACAUCUGUAUUUGACUGGGAUUCUUUGGAAAAACCACACACGUACGCUUCUAAACAUAAAAAGAUCUCGCACAGGAAAAUUGAACGCAAAAAACUACUCCGUCAGUUUGUACUUGGCCAGUUCGAUCCUUACACGAAGGAUACAAGCAACGAUGAGAAAAGUAGUAGUAAUAAACAUUUUGUUAAAAAAUACAAAGAUUUGGCAAGAACUUUGAAGGUUGCUGCCACAAAAAAAGGAAUUUAUCGCAACAAAACAGAUGACCAAAUUGAAGAAACAUUAGCAAAAAAAGUCAGACAAUUAAAAAGCAGCAAAGUGAUAACAAAAACAACUCAUGAAAAAAAUGUGUAUAGAAUUCGAAACCUUAGUAACAUCAAAGAAAGAAGUACAAGAAUAUUAAAACAUAAUAUCAGAAAGAAAUUGAGAAAAAAGGUCUUUAAUACUAUUGGAAAUGUCAAAGAUAAUCAAAUUCGCUUUGAAGGAGAUAAAACUGCUCUGUCAGUAUAUAAGGAGACAGGAUUUCCUUUUUGGUUAGAUGGUAAUUUUGCAUUUCAAUACAACCCUUUGGAUAAUUUUGAUGGAAUUUAUGACAAACCAUAUAACUACUUUUUACCAGAGAAGAAUGACUAUGACGAAAAUGCUGAUGUUGAUGGAAUAUGGGAUGGAAAUGGAAAAAAAGUAGUCAGCAAAGAUUACCACCGGCAUGAUCCGGAAACAUCCUUGUUAACAAAUUGGAAAACCACACCAAAUCAAGGGAAAAAAAUAAGAGUGACUGAUGUUUUUACAACAAAACAUCAUAAGAGAAAGCAGAAAAACAAUUUGAAAAGACCAGUUAGAGGAAAUAUCAAAAGCGGUUAUAUUGAAACUAAAAGUCGAUAUGACAAAUUGGCAAGUGAAUUUCGAAAAAAACAUCAUCUAUUGGAAAAAUUACACAGAAAAAUCAAAGUGGAAAAUAAAAAUAGCUUUCCUGAAGUUUUUACAGAGGACACAAAUGAAAGAAGUAAAUCAGAACGCCAUAAAACCAAAGAGGAGCACUCAUUAUUGCACAAAAUUUUGAAUAUUUCAGUACGUUCAAUUGUUGAAUUUUUUCACAAAUAUAUUUUUGGGAAUGCAGAUCCUGGAAAAAUGGCAUUGAAAGACGUUUUGCAAGUAUCAAAUGGGGGAUUGACUGAAAAUUUUAUGCACCAGGACAAAAACGAAAGACAUAUCGACCAAAAAACAUCAACAAGCAAUAGAAAAAUUUCUAGAAAAGUAAUUUUAAAACACCAUGGCCAUCAGUCUAAAACACCUAGAAUAUUAAAUGCAACAAAGAGGAAGGAUGUCAAUGCAGUCACGCGCACGGUUUCACCAAAGAUGCCAAAAAACACCUCAAAGGGAAAUUAUUCAUUCAUAGAACUUAUCGAUGUUCUUAUCGAUGAUAGACUUAUGGAUAAAAAUAGAUAUUCCAGUGGGUUAUUUUAUAAAAAGAGCUCAUUGCCUAAUAGAAAAGACUUCUAUCAUUCCUUUAAAAAGAUUGCAAAACCUAGAAAAAGUCCUUAUUUCAUUCCACUAUCGUCAAAUGCACAAAUUCUUGCCAAUUCGGAAAAAAUGAACAAGUAUGCAGUAGAUAAUGACACGAACGUCAAACGCAGUGAUAUCUAUUUCCCAGUACAAUACACUGCACGCAAAAACGAUUUUAGAAGUUUUUCAAGUUUAAUGAACGUACAGAAUUCGAGACCAUUUACGCAAUCGUUUGAUAUUUCUUCUUUGGGUGAAGACUUGCAGCAGAACAAUAAACAGAAAAAAAAUUAUCAGGAUCCUUUCUUCAGCAACGAUAUACCUUCAAGCUUUCGAAAUCCAUGGUAUAAUGCCGACCAAAAAAUCAUACCAUCACGGCAGUCAGCUAAUCUAAAAAGGAAUGAAGAUACCAUAUAUAGUUACUUUAACAGGAGAAAGAAAAUCCAGGAGAAAUAUUACAAAAACUAUUUAGCUUUGCAAGAGACUGCACACAAGCCUCCGCCAUUCACCUUCCAUAUUUAUCAAGGACCACGUGGGGAUCGGAUGAAAAUUACGGAACAAGGAAAUGAACGUCACAUAGAGAACAGAGGCGGUAUUUUUGGUAACAACGAUAAAGAUAUACAGAUAUCAUGUAAAGACCGUGGUAAACAAGAUUUCGUAAACAUUUGCCCCCAUGGCUGGAUUCGCUUCAGACAAUUCUGUUUCUUUUUGGGUGAAGAAAGACAUAGUUGGCCUGAUGUACAUGAUCUGUGUUCUCGCAAAAACGGUAAAAUGGCAAUGCCAAAAUCUCAAGAGGUUAUCGCCUUCCUUAUUGAUAAACUUACUUCUAAGAAGCAGUACACGAGACCAUAUUUUGUGGGGAUACGAAAGAUAGAUGAGGAGUGGCAAUGGAUUGAUGACACUCCAUUAAGCCAUGGUUUAUCCAGUCAAGAAAAGAGCCACUCUCACAGUUGUGCCGCUAUAACCGAGGGCUCAUUAAGAAAAAUGCCCUGCGAUUUUGAAGCAGGGUAUAUAUGUGAAAUAAAAACAGGAAUUGAGGCAUUGCGAGUGUUAACAUUUGGAGACAGCCUAACUCUAGGUUAUUUCAACAGUGGUAAAAGUUUUCAUCCGUAUGGUGAUAAAUUGGAAGAAAAUUUGAAUAAAGAUGAUCACAGAUGCUUCGUACUCGAGAUAUCCGGGAAAAAUGGCGAGGAAUCUGACCACAUGUUGCAACGACUCUCAAAUUACCUGAAUAUAAGACAGGAAACGUAUAAUUGGGUGCUUAUUCUAGCUGGGACAAACGAUUUACUGGUGGGCGAUAGUUCAAGUGAUAGAAUAGCUGAUCAGAUUGUGAUAAUGCACGAGGUUGCCCAUGCCAGAGGUGCCAAAUCUCUAGUAAUUACUAUACCAGAAAUAUUUUGUGAGAGAACAAAUUGCCCUCAUCUAAAACAGAGGAGGAAAUCUGUAAACAGACGUUUGCGAAAAUAUGCGGCAGCCGCUGGAAGCAAGGCGUAUUUGUCUGAUUUAGCUUUAAAACUUUCUUUACACCAACUUUCCUUGGAAGAUCGAAAAGCCUUUUGGGAGCCAUCUGGAGUGCAUUUAAAGGCCAAAGGCUAUGACAAAAUGGCAGAUAUUAUAUUUAAAGACCUCAUGGAAUCCAUUGAAUCGGCAGUUUGGUAGUUUUUUCUAGUGGUAAAAAGCGCGUAUCGUCAGCAUUUUUGCACGAGUUGAGUCCCACACGAAAAAUCAGGGUUGUGUUAAUUCGGUAAGUAUCGGAAAAGGCCAAGUACAUGGUGGACACGGGUUUCGAUGGUGGUCACGGUAGUGUUCGAAAAUGAUCGUAGGUUGCCAGAUACAUUCCGACGAGCAUAAAUAUAUAUAUUAAAAAAGAGAAAAGUUUACAAGAAUAACA